CUUCCACCGUAUACCGUGCCCUAGCAGGGUAUACUGUAGACCUCGUGGUGGACUGGGUUCUCCGACACCGGCCAUAUUGGAUAGUGAAUGUCUGAACUCAUACAAGGGCUCGAGAGUAGCCGUAAACCUCCACAAAAUCCUCGACGACGUGAGGAUACACACUCAAGAUGGAAAACGAAUACACCGUCACGGUCACGAAUAAGUUCCUGCUCGCGCUCGACGAGAGCGAGGAUCCCCUCGAGGUGUUAAAAGUACGCGAGCUCGAGAAGGAGGCGAAGAAGAAGGAGAGAAUCUCCGAGAAGGAGAAUAAAAGCAAGCAGCAGCAACAGCAUCAUCAUCAGCAACAACAGCAGCAGCAGCAGCAGGACGGCCAAAAGCAACCGUCCGCCAACAACAAGACCCCGAAGAGUCGCGUGAUCAAGGACGCCCAACAACAGCCGCCGACCAAGACGCAGGAUCCUAAAAAGGAUCAAGAGAAAAAAGCAGCUCAACCAAGGACAAGUGGUGGUGAUCGCAAUGUAAAAUUCUCGAAUGAAUCCAGAGAGGAGCGCAAUAACAGACGUAAUCGCGAAGAAGGAGAAAAACCGCGAGGGCAAGGAGAGUUCAGGAGAGGUCCUCCUAGCGAAAAUCGCGAACCGCGUGAAUUCAGGAAUACAAGCGAGACUCCACGCACUGAAUAUGUGGAGCGCCGUGGCCGUGGCGGCAUGCGUGGUAUGGGUCGCGGUCGUGGUGGCCCACGCGGACGCGUUGGUUUCGAUAAUCGUGGCAAACGCGAAUUUGAUCGCCAGUCUGGAUCCGAUAAAACUGGUAUUAAACCAGUAGACAAGAAAGAUGGUGCUGGCAGUCAUAACUGGGGAACUCAUAAUGACGAGAUUGAGGAAAGUCUCAAUCAGGAAACUCAAGAAUGGAAUAAUGAAAAACCAGAAUCCGAGCCUCAAGCAGCAACUGAAGUUAAAAAUGGAGAUACGGCCCCGGACGCGACUGUCGAAGAGAAACCGGUUGAGGAAGAGACACGCGAACUUACUUUGGAUGAAUGGAAAGCUCUGCGUAGCAAUCGAGCAAAGCCUCAGUAUAAUUUACGAAAGGCUGGUGAAGGCGAGGAUUUGUCACGUUGGAAAAAGAUGUACGCCCUUGAAAAGAAGAAGGAAGGUAAUGAAGAGGAGGAUGACGAAGAGGAGGAGUAUGACGCUGCCGCCGAAUACCCUCAGCGCGUUGGCAGGCAAAAGCGUGUGUUAGGUAUCGAAAUCCAAUUCAGUGACUCACGACGUGGUUCUGGCAAUCGCGGCCGAGGCAAUCGUGGUCGUGGUGAUCGCAUAAACGGCCGUGGAUUUGGGAAUCGUGUCCCUAGGGACAGCGAUUCACGCGCGCAAAAUGAACAGAGGUCGCCGCGAAGUCGUCAAAAUGCUCCAAAGGUGGACGACGAGAAUGAUUUUCCCUCUCUGGGAUAGGUAGCUUUAUCUAUCUACUAUACAGCAUCCCACCAUUGUCACCAUCAGUAAAUCUACUACAGAUAAAGCUAAACUACAAAAAAAAAAAAAAAUAUUACCAAUUUGCGUUAGAUCAUUAUUAAUGCAUAAUACACAGUACAGUUGCAGAAAUGAGAUACGUAAUAUUAUCUAAAAAUUCCUUUCGUGACUUGAAUAUCGCUGUUACAUAUUGGCAUAUGUUCGUACAUAUAAAAGGAUGUAUAAAUAAGGCACCAUGUAUAAAUAAGAAAACAAAUAGAUGACGAUCCUUUUUUUUUUUGCACUUGUGAAGAGCCAUUUUUAUUAGUAACCAUUUCAAGACUGGCCAAUGGAUGAACUACUCAAUCUUUAUAUACUCUUCCAUCGAAAUCGAGGUCGAACCGCAGCCCGCAUUAUUUUAUUUUCUGUGUACAGCAAAAUUUGUUUUGGUAACUGUUUUCAAUUUGAAUUUAAGUAACAGAUUGAAACUGUUACUUGAAAUAGAUGCUGUUCUUCAAACAUGCUUGCUAGACCAUUUCAAUUCUUUUUUUUUUCCUUUAUCUCUCUUUUCCUUUCAAACUUUUUAUUUACUCUUUCUAUGAUCUCCAGUUGACUUUAAGAUGCUUAACAAGUUCACGGAAGUUAUAUUUUUAUUUUUUUUUUUUAUUUUCACAGAUCGUUCAUCCUCUGAUCAGUGUUUCGGGACUAAUUACAGACAAAUGGCUUCCCAUUAGUACAAAAGAGGAUCAUUAUCUUUUUUUUUUUUUAUACAUAUGCAUUUUUGCAUGUGUAUGAAUAUAUGCCAAUAUGGAACAUGUAACAAGUGGCAUUCAAGCCAUGAAAAGAUGUGGGAAGCCAUUUUUCUGUAACUAGUUCGAGACACUGGCCAACGGAUAAUUGAUUUGUGAAGAAGGAAACAUAAGUUCUCUUCCAUGAACUUAUUAAUAAGCUUGAACUCAACUGAAGAUCACUGGAAGAAUAUAAAGAAGAAGAUUGAAAAAGAGUUUAAAGAGAAAGAGAGAGAGUUUAAACGGACCAGCAAGCAUGUUUGAAGAAUAGCAUCUAUUUCAAAUAACAGUUUCAAUCUCUUUAAAUCCAAAUUAAAGACAUUUACCAAAAAAAAAAAAAAUUUUGCUGUACACAGAAAGUAGGAAUGCGGGUUGCGAUAUCGAUUUCGAUGUCGCGUUAAAGGCCUAAGGGAGGCUGGAUGUAGCAUCGAUACACGCGCGAACCUGUAUAAUAUCUCUUUUUAGGCGUAAAUUUUAAACGCACUUUCUGUUUUAUAAGUUUUAUACGAUAUUUGGAAAAGAAGAGCAAUCCUUCCUCUCGUAACCGGCAGGUUUUAUCACUUGUCAUAUGUAAGAUGUAAGAAACUUUAAACAGGAAGGGUAUAUUUCUAUUUAAAUAAACGCAUCGUACUAAAAAAAAAUCAUCUCUAGGACAUACUAAGUUUGACUUUAUAUAUAUAUGUAUACAUAGAAAAAGAGAGAGAGAGAGAGAGACUUCCCUUUCGAAACUGAAGUCGAUCUAUGAGAAAUGUUACACUUAAGUGAAAUAUCUCGAAUAUAUAUUGAUACAGUGUUUUAGGUAUACAUACAUAUAUGCAUAUAUGUAUACAUAUAUGUAGUUUACGAUAAAUCGAAAGAAGUGAGGAACGUGGCGCGCCGGGAGGGAAGACAGAACGAAUGAGUUUACUACUCAUAUUAUUAUACAAGUGUUUAUACGACCAAACUGGCAAUUUAUUGUUUGAUUAUUAUAUCACGACGUUUCGAGAGAAUUUAAACAACAUAUACGAUAAAUUAAUAAAGGUCGAGUUAGUUGAUCUCAGUAUUCCAAACAUAGUGGUUGACACAAUGUCAGUUUGACAUUUCGAUUUUUCUCUUUCUACUUCUUAAUUAUAACGUAAGUUGCUUAAUCCUAUUUUUUUCUUUGUAACAUGACUAUCAUUAUUUAUUGUAUUGUAAUUUUAGUUUCACUUGAUAAGGACCAAAACCAUAUGGUCGAAACGUCGUGAUAUAAUAAUCAAACAAUAAAUUGCCAGUUUGGUCGUAUAAACACUUGUUUAUUAAUUUAUUUACUGGCGACAUUUUUAAAAUUAAACAUCAUAUUAUUAUGUUAUAUUUGUGCGUUCUCAUAUUCUUAAUUACGAACUAAUAUUAAUUAUUUACUAUAUAUUUGUUAUACAAUUGAAGAAAAUAAUCGCAGCCGAACCAUUCACCUCUUGUCCAUCAUAGAGACAGAAACAAAAGAGAAAAACAGGAAAACUUUAUGAAACUGUUUGAAGCUUAGGUACAUGUGUAAAUAACAUUUACAAUAAUAAAUUGUGACGAUGAUCGGA